CCACUCUUCCCCUCAUCUCUAUCUUACAAACUCUGUUCUCAAUAAUCUUUCAACAAGCUCGUCUUUUCGAUUUUCCAAUAUGCAGAUCUUCGUGAAAACUCUCACCGGCAAGACCAUAACUCUCGAGGUCGAGAGCUCCGAUACUAUCGAUAAUGUCAAGGCCAAGAUCCAAGACAAGGAAGGAAUUCCACCCGACCAACAGAGAUUGAUCUUUGCUGGAAAGCAGCUCGAAGAUGGACGCACGUUGGCCGACUACAACAUCCAGAAGGAGUCCACGCUCCAUCUCGUCCUCCGUCUCCGCGGCGGUAUGCAAAUCUUUGUUAAAACCCUCACCGGCAAAACUAUAACUCUCGAGGUCGAGAGCUCCGACACAAUCGACAACGUUAAGGCUAAGAUUCAGGAUAAGGAAGGAAUUCCUCCUGACCAGCAAAGGCUGAUUUUCGCCGGUAAGCAGCUUGAGGAUGGCCGUACCCUCGCCGAUUACAAUAUACAAAAGGAAUCCACUCUUCAUCUUGUUCUUCGUCUGAGAGGAGGCAUGCAGAUUUUUGUGAAGACUCUCACCGGCAAGACUAUAACUUUGGAGGUGGAAAGCUCAGAUACAAUUGAUAAUGUCAAAGCCAAAAUUCAAGACAAGGAAGGUAUUCCACCUGACCAGCAGCGGUUGAUUUUCGCCGGAAAGCAGCUAGAGGAUGGCCGGACUCUUGCCGAUUAUAACAUCCAAAAAGAAUCCACUCUGCAUCUGGUUCUCCGGCUCCGCGGUGGAAUGCAGAUUUUUGUUAAGACAUUGACCGGAAAGACCAUCACUUUAGAGGUGGAGAGUUCUGAUACAAUUGAUAAUGUAAAGGCUAAAAUUCAGGACAAGGAAGGAAUUCCACCUGAUCAGCAGAGGCUUAUUUUUGCUGGGAAGCAAUUGGAGGAUGGCCGUACACUUGCAGAUUAUAAUAUUCAGAAAGAAUCAACUCUCCACCUUGUGCUCCGCCUUCGUGGUGGUGGCGAUUAUUGUUAAGCUGUCGGGUCUGUUAAUUUUCUAGUUAAUGUUCAAUUUCUAUUUGGUAAUUUGUACUUUGUUAAACUAGUUCGUGCUUAAUUAUCAAUAAUAAAAUGUCCUUUUAAUCAACCUUCAA